GCGGGGCGGGGCGGCUACAGGCCCGGCCCUGCAUGGGUGUGCGGGCUGGCGGCGGCCAUUGGGCAGGUCGGCCUCCGAAAUGGCUGGUAGUGCGGUGUCGAAUCCGUCCCAGCUCCUGCCGCUCGAGCUUGUGGACAAGUGCAUCGGUUCACGCAUUCACAUCGUGAUGAAGAGCGACAAAGAAAUUGUUGGGACGCUUCUAGGAUUUGAUGACUUUGUCAAUAUGGUCCUAGAAGACGUUACAGAAUUUGAGAUCACACCUGAGGGCAGAAGAAUCACAAAGCUGGAUCAGAUUCUGCUCAAUGGAAAUAACAUAACUAUGCUGGUUCCUGGAGGAGAAGGACCUGAAGUAUGAAGACAUGAUAUUCAUAUGUACUUUAUGUAUAUAUGCAAAAUCUAAAUAGGGAUUUUGGGGUAUAAGUGUGCCUGGAUGUGGAUCAUUUGCUUUGCUUACAUGCUUGACAUUUUAGAAAAGACAACCCAUUAGGAAAGGUGGUGGUAAUGUUGACUUUGUAAGUUGAAAUCAUCACUUUCUUGUAAAGACACACAAACCUCUUCUGAAUAAAAGGCUCUUUCUUUGUUGGUUA